CAGUGACCUUUUAAUGAAAAAACCCGACCAGUGUUAAAAGAUAUACGGUUUUGUACAAUAGUUGUGUAAAUUGGGUUCACGUCCAGAGGUCUUGUUACGCUGGUAUCAGCUGUUUUCGAAAAAAUCGAAUGUACGACUUGGAAAUUCGCUUCUAUUCAGUCUGACGUCAAGUGUUAUGUAGUGCGGACGGAACUUUAUAAAACCAGCUAUGUAAUGUCAGCUCCUAGCCGCCGUACGAUUCGCUUGUGUCAAAUGUCAAACGUUCGCGCGCAAAAUCCGCGAAAGAUGUAAUUGCAUUCCGUGAUCAUAACCACAGAUUAUAGACUGCAUGGGGUAAUUGUACUGGCCAGUGUACAUUUGUAAAUAUUUUUUGUUUUGUUAUAAAGUGAUUUUUUUUUAGUGUAAAUAGUUUAAUUUUAAAUCUAUAAAAUCCUGUGAUAUUAGAUUAAGUAGCAACACCGAGGGAUUAACGCUGCAAGCAUGGUUGGAGCACCCGAUGUCAUCAAGCCCUCUGAGAAAGUCGAAUCAUACUCGCCUCACGUCAACGGCAACCCCAUAUUCACUAUCAGCGAUGAAAUUGGAAGCCCGGACAGUGGAUACACGAUGGCGUCGAUAAAUUCCAACGGAGAUCUCAAGAGCCCCGGUGACCCCCCGGACAAGAAGUUGAAUGACACAGACGCCGAGAAACAACCACUAUCCGGGAAAAAGGAGGAGAGAUGGUGGAACACUUUGAUGCAGGUGGCGGUCCCGUUCUUCAUAGCUGGCUGCGGGACCAUCGGAGCUGGGCUUGUCCUGGGCAGUGUCAGGAAUUGGGAAGUCUUUCUGAAAGUGAACGCCAUAUUCGUCCUGGUGCCAUCUCUGUCUGGUUUGAAAGGUAAUCUGGACAUGUGCCUGGCUUCACGGCUGUCGACGCAGGCUAACCUGGGGAACAUGACGUCACCGAGAGAGGUCAUAUCCAUGGUGGUCGGAAACAUAUCAUUAGUUCAGGUACAAGCAAUAGUGGCCGCGACAGUUGUAGCGAUGUUCGCUGUGACCGUCAACACCAUAACUGACCGCGCCUUCAACGGCAGCUUUGUGCUGUUGUUGAUCGCGUCUGCUGUCUUCACUGCUACCACCACGUGCUUCGUGCUUGAUUUUGUGAUGGUGAUGGUGAUAUUCGGGUCACAGAAGUUCAAAGUGAACCCCGACAACGUGGCCACGCCCCUCGCUGCGUCUAUCGGCGACAUCGUCAGCAACUCCGUGCUCGCCGUCACCGCGCAGUACAUGUUUGAGCAGAUACAAAUCUCCCUCUGGCAGCCGAUCGCCCUUCUGUGCGUAUACUACAGUCUGCUGCCCAUCUGGGUGUUCAUCGUGUGGCGGAACAAGUACACCAAGACCGUGCUCACCACCGGCUGGACGCCCGUCAUUUCUGCGCUGUUCAUCAGCGGUGUGGGCGGCAUCGUGCUAGACCAAGCAGUGGAUCAGUUCCAAGGCUACGAAGUGUUCCAGCCCAUUGUGAAUGGUAUCGGCGGUAACCUGGUGUGUGUGCAGUCGUCGAGACUGGCCACACAUCUCCACCAGACUGCCAUACCUGGGGAAUUACCCGAGAACACCAGGAUCAUUGAGUGGCCGUGGAAGACGCUGUUUUAUGGAACGACCGCAGCGAAGGUGGCCCGCAUGCUGCUCAUCCUGGCGCUCUGCGGUCAGAUCGUGUUCAUGUUCGUGGCGGACUUCAUCUUCCAGGGCGUUGUCACCAUACAGGUGGCGUUCGGUAUCACAUACGUCUUGUGUUCCGUAGUUCAGGUCAUGGUGCUAUUGUAUCUGGCGUACAUUCUCAUCCACUUCAUGUGGAAGAAGAAGAAGGAUCCCGACAACGCAGCCAUCCCCUACCUGACUUCGCUCGGCGACCUCCUCGGUUCAGUGUUCCUCGGCUUAGCCUUCGUGAUCCUUUCCAUCUUCGGCAUGGAGUAUGGCAACAACGUCUAGAGAUAUUAGGAUGUGGCUGAAAACCAAAAAGCUUACGCUAAGCUAAAAUGUUAUUCGCGUAGAGGUUCUAAACUAGCCUGUAGUUGACAAUCACGAUAACGGUUUAAGACCAUCACAAAAUCAUAUCAAGUUAUCAACGAUUUUAGUGACUUUUAUUUUAUAGAGUAGUGUGUAUAAUUCGUGAUUAACGCGGAAUUAACAUUAACCGACUGACGAGUGAAGAUCAUUUUUAUUUACUAUCGAUGUCUUGUAAUUUUACAGAAUACUUUGUCUCGUUGAGCGUUGCGGUCAUUUUGGAGUGAUUAUUUGACAUCCUAAAUAAUGAAAUUAAAGCAAAAUGGGCUUAAUUUAGCUUAGGAAUAGCAUUACGGUAUUGUGUGAGAAAUUGCCAAAAUGUAUUUUGCUAAUAGAAUGCCAUCCAUUUAUUUUUUAUAUCGGACGUUGUUUUCAAUAGGAUGAAAGUCUUAUUGUUGGAUUAUGAUGGGUAUUGUGUGGAGUGCGUCGUUUUUAUAGUUAUGACUAACUUAGAAAUCAUGUGAUUUUAUGAGCGAGCAAUUUGAUGGGGGCUGCCAAAAUUUCAACUCAACCAAAUUUAUGUUGUCUUGUAACUGUCACUCAGGUUCUGUUACUAUGUUUUGAGUUUAGAAACUCAAAAUUUACAGUUUGGAAACUCAAAAUUUGCAGUUACUCAAAAUUGUUAUAUAAUCAAACGUUGCUUAAGAAGUUCGGCUUAAUUUCUAUAGCCCACAAAAAAUACCAUUGCAUAAAUUGACUUUCUCUUUUUCAUAUUAUUUGUAUUAAAGAAAAAAGUAAUUCCAGCAGUAGUAAAUUCAUUAGGGUAAUAUUUAUAAUGAAUAUCAUAAGAAAAAGAAAGAAAAUAGAUCUUCUUUUUUGGUGAAUUAAUAGUCUGAAUUUAGAUUUAAACUUAUUUAAAUAUAUUUUUUCACUUCUUUUAAUACAUAUUUUAUUGUAUUUACGUUUUUAUUGUAAAAGCAUUUACGUAAAUACAAUAAAAAAACUGCAGUUACGUACAUGAAAAAAACAUUUAUUACACUCGUGUCUUGAAAAUUUGGUAGCCCCUAUAAACUCGACUCAGUAGAGAUACUUAAAUAAAUGUAGCUGCCAAUAUUCGGGCUUCUAGCGACUUGCAAUUGCGCUAAAGCAUUUUAAUAACAUUUCGUCAAAUUAUUAUCAUAGUAGUAAUUGAUAUAGGUUCCGCCAAACUUUAUAUCUUCUCCAAAUAAUGCUUUCACAUGCUAUCAUUUCAGAGUGUUUAUUCGCUAACUCGGUCGCUAUCAAUAAAUGAAAGCCAUUUGAAACUUAAUUGAAUAUGCAAUUUGGAAAAGGGCACAUAUUUUCUGAAAAUUUAAAAUGUCCAGAUUUAAAAAAAAAAUGUCCAAACCAGUACAUAGUUUCUAAAAGUAACAAUUGUGUUACAUUUUGGCCAUCGAAAAUUACUAAAAUUAUUUAUUUUAAAAUAAUUAACCUAAAUAUUAUCCGUUUGAAUAUUUUAUAAUUGUGAGAUGUAGGUAUGUAGAAAAUAUCUGACAUGUGCCCUUUUUAUUCAUUUAUUUAUUUAUUUAUAUAAAGCACGCCAACAAUACACAUAUUAAACAUAAAAAAAAUCAAAUAAAAAAUGUCACAUGAAAUAGUUCUAAUAUGCAACAAUAUUGAAAUUGUUUUUAACUCUUUUCAAAAUUUCAUAUUCAAUUGUUUUUUAUAGAUGGUCGAGUUAUCAGAUUCAAGUUCUAAUGCUUGAAAGACACCGAGUUGGUGAAUAACCCAAUUAUUUAGUGUAAUCUUUAGAAUGACUAUAAAGUUUGGCGUGAUGUUAUCAUAUGUUAGUAGUGAUCCGCUGGCGGUCCUGUCUGUGAUAUAUGAUCCCAAAUGUGAUUAACUAUGAUUGUAUUAAAAGUAUAUUACUACCAUCAUACGAACGACAAUAAAGAUGGCCAAAUACUUAAAAAAAAAACACGGCCGUUAAUAACGUACCUAUUUAACGAAAUACAGACGUAAAACCUACAAAAGGACAAUAGUUGUUGUCCGUAGAUAGAGAAGUUAUUAGACAGCUGAUUGGCAUUCUGGUUUAAGUCAAAAACAUAAAAUUUAAAAUGCGUCUAUUUUAAGUAGGCUAGGUAGUUUACUAGCACUUUUGAAACGUCAGUUGACUAUUUGCAAAGAUUUGACCACCGGUUCGGAAGGUAAUGUUUUGUAAUGUCUACAUACGAUUUAGACAUCACAAAACACUACACUCAACCAUUUUAUUACUAUUAUAUUUACAGCUCACUGAUUAUUUACCACUUGCAAUACCAAAUCGCCUUGUCUUGUUUUUAUGAGUCCACGCCAAGUUUUUCUCAUUUUUGAGUGAAUGCCUUUUUAUUUGCCUGUCUAUAUACUUCUCUGUCUACGGUUUUGUCAGAAGCUUUAACGGUUUACGGAACAUGUAUUAUUGACUAUUUUAUUUCCCCCAUCUAUUUUAUUGCUUUUUAUGAAAUUUGACACAUUGAUUUUAUUUUAUUUAACAAUUUUUAAGUCGCAAUGAAUUUGGUUAAACAGAUGCAUGUAUGAUAAAGAGGUGCUCAAAUACGGUAAUUGUUUGUGGAAUAUCUCACUACGUUACAAAACAUGUAAUUAUUAAUCUAGUUAAUGCAUAUAAUACACAGUUUUAACAAAAAAAAAUGUGGUGCUCCCAACAUGCAUUAUAUAAAAAUAUAAUUAUUUAAAAUAACAAAUAGUGCGGUUUUAAAAUGUUGCAGUGUUAUAUAACCAGUAGAACUAUAUUUUUAUAAUCCGACAGAAUAAGAUAGAAUACUGAGAAUACCUCUCUUUCUAUAAUAUUAUGUUAAAAAGAGAGAGAUAGAAAUGAAUUCGAAAUUCAAACUGUAGAGUUAUAAAGACAUCGUUACAGAACAGUGCUAUAUAUAACAUUAUUACCGUCGAGUAUUCGAAUAGAAAUUAUUAGGUGUAGCGAUUAUUAUUACUCAAUGUAACAUUUUAUAACUGCUAUAUAACAGACGGACAUAUAUGUAUAAUUAGUUUUAUUUUUAGACAAUUAGGGUCACAGUGGUGUGGAUUAGAAACAUUGCUGAUAAAUGUAAAAAUGCUGGUUUUAUAUCAUGACUAGAAAAAUAAAAAGCCUUGCUAUGUUAAGGAAAAUAAAAUAAUCCAGGUGUCUCAUUUUUCUGGUCAUAUUGUUACAAACGUUGUGGGUAAGCAAUGCUGUAUUGUUUCUAUGCACACCACUGUUCGGUACGUUCGGUGCAGAUUUUGCAUUGAUAUUUAUUGCGUUUGACACACAAAUACGUUGUUUUCUUGGUUUAUAACGCAAAAUAUCCUAUACAUUAGCUAGAUUAAUUCUUAUAUUAAGCGUGUAAAUAAUAAUUAAAUUGAAAUUAUAUUAAUUUUAUUAAUUUCAACUGCAUUUAAAAUAUUGUGACGUUUAUUUAUUUAGUUUGUUUAUUACGAAUAUUGUGAAUUUUUUUUUAUGUGACUAUCUACUUGCAUUGAGAUUCUUAAAAGCUACCAGCGGCGAAGAGUCCAUAGACGCUGAUUCCUGACGGGUUACAUUUUAAAACAAAAUACAUACAUUAAUUAUUGUAAUGUAUGGAUGUAUGAGAAACCGCAGUUUAUAUCAAGCGGUAUCAAUUUCCUUUUCUAUGGGACGGCUAUCCUUCGUCAAAAUUCCAUCCUUCGCCACUGAAAGCUGCUGUUUAUUUUUAUGAGCGCCAUCUAGGGAAUGUGUAAAAUUAGAGUCCAGGACAGUUUUGAUUUGAGGAAUACAGUUCGUGAUGUGUGUAUUUACAAUUGUAAGAUCAAAUUAUAAAUAACCAUAUAAACUGUAUGAUCUUGAAGUAGUGGCUAUCACUCAUCUCCACAUCUCUUAGUGAUCUAUGUUGACUUCGUAUUAGUGACUUGUAAGGGUAGCCAAAAAAAUUUCAUGGAGUUUCAUGACUUUUAGGUCAAUUUGGACCUAUUGUGCAUUUAAUUUUAAAAGCAACUGUUGCUUUUAAAAAAGUUAUAUGUUGACAGAUAAUGGCCGAUAAAUUUUAGCAAUUUUGAAUAAACCAACAGUCACAUAGUUUUGAUUUAAUUUCAAAAUAAGCGACAUCAUGAGCCUUGUACAUCUGUUAUGUCUCUUAUACUAGGAUGAAUAGGAAGUUAUUCUCCGUUUUGAUUAAUAUUUUUUUUUUUAAAUAGAGAUUAGAGAUACAUUGUUCAAAAGCUAUUUGUAUUUUUCAACAUGGUUUAUCAUUUCAUGUUUUUUUAAUUCUUUACAAGUCAGCCCUUGACUACAAUCCUACAACCCUUUUGAGGCUUCACACCAGCCAAAUUGAUUGAUGAUUGAUUCACUCAGGUCACGGUUACCCCUUCCCGAAUGGCCCUCUAAGCCGAGGUCCGAGUCUCAUUGGAGACGGCCUUAGAGAGUCCUCUAUCUUUAUUUCAGCCUUCGGGUCUCAUCAGGCGAUGCUUCUGCGCUCGCCCAAACCCUCCGGUGUCGCCGUAGUGAUCCCACAUUGAGCCAUCGGCACUUACUCAACACGAAAAAAAAACAAAUGCUAUUAAAACAGUAAAGUUUGACAAGUCACUAAUACUAAAUUAGGCCUUAACUAACUCUAGUACAUAUUUGUGUGCUGUUUGAAAGUAUUUAUAUUAAUUGAUACAGUAUCCGAUGUGUGAUCUAUAGUUAGCUAUAUAAUUUCAUACGAAUUCAUGCUUUUGUGAUUUAAAUUAGCCGCUACCUAGUGCGACAAUUGUCAUUUACAUUGCUGCGUUGUUGUAGCGAUUGUAGUUGUUGUUGUCUAUGACAUAAAAACAUCUUAGGUUGUUAUAAUGGCCAAUUUAAAUUCACCUAUAAUACAUAAAUGUAAAUCUGUUUUUAACACUAAAACAUUAUUCCAUAGGCCGUGAUAGUUAGCAGUAAUUUAAGUUGUUACCUUAGACGAUUGAGUACAAUAAAGCAAUUCAUAGUAUUAAGAUAAAUUUAAAUAUAAUUUAUUAAUGAAUAACGAUUACUAUUGUGUAAAAAUCAUUCGCGUUGUCUGAAUGGUUGUAAUUGAACUAUACGUCUAACUACAGUUGAAACACUACAAUAAGGUACAAUAACUAGAAUCGCAGAAUAGCCAUAAUCAAUGAAAUACAAACAUAGUAGCAGUUUAUUUUAAAUUUGGAAUACAAUGACACACAAUACUAAUAAUAUUUUGGCUCAAAUGACGUGUAAUAAUAAUAAAAAUAUAAUCUUUUACAACUCAAUAUUUGAAUCUUAUGUUAUAACGACAUAAAUGUAUUAAAAAAUAUAAUACAAAUGCUGCGUCUUUGUAACUUAUUAAUAGUUUCUUUUGUAGUUAGGUGUAUUAAUAGAUAUAAAAUGCUACAUAUUAUUAGCUCAAAAUCGUUAAUUUAAAAAAAAAUUGUAAACUAAGCAACUAACAACUAGCAAUGAAAUUAAAUUAUAUAACAACCAUAUUCGCUGAAUAACCAUAAACAAUGAAAUACAAACUUUCUUUCGGUGUUAGGUUGCUUUCAGUAUAAACUUUUUUAUCAUGAAAUCCUCAAUCCAAAGUAUAAUGUUUUGAAAUUGGUGACAUUAAGCUUAUAUGUGGCAUUUUUAUAUCGUGAUAGUGUGAUCUCCAUUGUAAAUUCCCUAUAUUUAUUAUGCUAACUACCUCUCAAGAAAAAAAUACCUACUUUAAAAACAAUAUUAAUUUGACAUAAUGACGGAUUUUUAAAUUGUCGGUGGAAAUGCCUUUGCGAAGCCUUAAAGAAAAAACUUUCAAGAGUUAAACAAACUGUCACCCGCACCAUCCUACAUGAAACGAACUGUCUCAUGUAGGAUGGUGCGUUGCUUGAUAGAUUAAAACCAUAUCACUAAAAAUAAUUUCCUUAAAAUCAAACUUUAAAAGGUUAAUAUUGUUUAAGCUGCUCAAUAGCAUUUUAACUGACAAAUUAAAAAAAUAUUAUUAGAAAAAAUAUUACGAAGUUUUUAAUUUUUUUUUAAUUUUACAUUUUCAUAUUUUUGUUUGCAUGUUUUUUAAAGCAAUGAAAUCACUUCAAAAUAUUAAAAUUCUAGAUUAUAGACAUAUUUUUAGGUGUAAAAAAAAUAUUAUAUUUUCGUUCCUUAUACAUUUGAAAGUGAACCGUGGUUAGUGUUGGAAACCAAAUAUUUCACAAUACACAAAAAGUGACACUAUCGCAAGUUAGUUUAAGGUGCAUAUUUGAAUGAAUGAUGUGAUACAAUUGAGAUUUUAAUAUGUAUAUAUAGAUGAUUGUUAAAUAGUUCGUAGGCUAAUUAAUCGCCGCUGAUUUUUUUUUGUAAGAAAGACCGCGCAAACAAUUUUUUUUCUGUGAGUAAAUAUUUUUGCAAAGAAAGACUAAGUGAAACAAGUAGCCAUCGGCACUUACUCAACACGAAAAAAAAAUGUCACUCUCAUUCAAAAACUCAUGUAUAAUUUAAAUUUAAGUAGGUAAUUAAAAAGCGCGAUUAAAAAUGUAAAAAAAAAAAUUACUUGAUCCAAAGUUUUAUGCUAAAAAUAUCAUUAUGAAAAAAGAAAUGUCACUCUCAUUCAAAAAACUCAUGUAUAAUUUAAAUUUAAGUAGGUAAUUAAAAAAAGUGCGAUUAAAAAUGUAAAAAAAAUAUUUGACCCAAAGUUUUAUGCUAAAAAUAUCAUUAUGAAAAAUAAACUAUGUAAAAUGAAAAAUAAACAACGUUUUUUGUGUCUUUUGCAAUAUAAAAAUGUAUUGAGAUGCAAGGUAAAAAUAAUGUAGAUAUAGGUAUGUUCAUUUGCCAAUGACGUUAACGUGCAAAAAUAUUUGCUCACUCUGGACGUAUAUUUUGCGCGGUGCUUUAUAUGAUGUCGUGUAAGACAUGUCGGGACAUGAGAAUGAAUUGUUAUAUUAUACUUACCCAGAAAAGACAGUAUUUUUAAUUGCAAAGAGUAAUGUUUAAUUGUUCCAUAUUAAUUAACUAUUAAAAUGUAUUGGUAUAUUUUAAUUAGGUGAUUUUUAUUUUAAUAAAAACAAUUGGAAGUUG